CUGUGGUCAAUUUCCAGCAGAUUUGCGCUGGAGGACCUAGAAAUACCUAGAGAGAACAUAUUAAUCAAAGCUGCAAAUGUGGAGAGUGGACUGUAUAUUGCACACUCCCUAAUACUUCAUUAUAUUUCAUAUGUCCAAUAGGUCCUUUGCUUUGUAGCUGAGGUGAAGCUGCUUUGAACGGCUGAGAGAAAUGCUGUGUACAUUCCUCAUUUCCUGGUGGGGUCUGAGUUCUGGUUGCGUAGAAUUCUGCCUGUGCAGCAUGGUUCAUCCCCCAGUGUACAGGAGAUGCGCUCUGUAGUAUCAAUGAACCUUUGCGUGCUCCCAGGGUUUGUUUGUCUGUCCUGUUCCUGCAUUGUUACCCCACCAGCUUAGAACAGAGCUCACCCAUAUUGCUAAUGAAAAUAUAACCUUCAGAACAGCUUUCUUCUUCUACAGGGGCCUCCGCUCCUCUUUCUUUUCCUCUGCCUGGCAGCCCCAGCUCUCUAGGGUUUCAGACAAAGGGCUUUUCUCAUCACCUGCUCCCUGAUCCAUUUUGAACUGGAGAUGCCAAGUACUGAACCUGGGGCUUUUCUGUGCACAGUGCAUGCUGGCUGAGCUCUGGCUGCUCACUGCAUAGACACACUGGUGGCUAUGGUGGAAGUCCAGCUUGAUGCAGACCAUGACUACCCGCCAGGGCUCUUGAUAGCAUUCAGUGCCUGUACCACUGUACUAGUGGCCGUCCAUCUCUUUGCCCUCAUGAUAAGCACUUGCAUCCUCCCCAACAUUGAGGCCGUGAGCAAUGUGCACAACCUCAAUUCUGUGAAGGAGUCGCCCCACGAGCGCAUGCACCGACACAUCGAGCUAGCUUGGGCCUUCUCCACCGUCAUCGGGACUCUGCUGUUUCUGGCGGAGGUCGUCCUGCUCUGCUGGGUCAAGUUCCACCCGUUGAAGAAGAAGACAGGUGACGGCAGCCGGGCUAGCAAUACCACUAUCACAGCUGGUGAGGCGGCAGCUAUCACUUCCACCACCAUCAUGGUUCCCUUCGGUUUGAUAUUCAUUGUAUUUGCGGUCCACUUCUACCGGUCGCUGGUGACGCACAAGACUGACCGUCAGUUCCAGGAACUGAAUGAACUCGCCGAGUUUGCUCGACUGCAAGAUCAACUGGACCACAGAGGCGACACCCUGCCGCCUCCGGGCAGCCAUUUUGCAUAAAAAAAAACCUAACCCAAGAAUUAUUGCUCUUUUUUUUAAGCAAGUACAAAGUGCAAAUAUUUCUACUGUGUACUCUUGACUCCCUUGUGCAUGAAUUUGGCUGGACUGUGGCAUUCUGUUUGGAAAGAGAGAUUAGUAGUACUGUACCCUAAGCUUUUAGUGCUCUUAAAAAAGAAAACAGUGGUCUGUUCUAGUAACAUUUUGAAGGACUAAACAGGCACAAAUGCCCAAGGAGUAUUUCUGCCAUGUUGCCCACAGGCCCCUGCUUUUUCCAGUUUCAUGCAGGUUGUUUUCUUUGAAAAGGUGAUUCAUUGGGGGGUGGGAGGGGUGGACAUUCUUUGCAGUCAAAGUGGGGUAGUGGGGGAUGAAAUUAAAGCCUUGUAAGCAAGGAACAUGUUUUUACACUGUUUAACAGUGAACAUGGUGAACAGUGCACAACCUGAACACAAAAUGAAAGUCUCCAGAUGCUAGUUUGGAAUCAUCCACAGGCUGCCUGAAACCCCAAGAGAGUAGGAGUAGGAGACAGAUACUGAGCUGUAGGUAUGGCAGGGUGCUGCUGAAACAGAACAACUCUCAGCAGAACAAUUCAGCUUCCCAGAUCUUAGCCUUCGUUUUUGGUAAAUGAAAGGUUGUGUCUCUAGUCCUCAUGGAUGCAACGGUAUGUUUAAAAGCACACAAGCAGUGCCUGUUAAUAUCUAGAAAGCUUGGGGAGUGGCUGACUUUUAGAGUGAUGAAUUAUAGCCCUCCGAAAUUCCCAAAUCAUUCCCAUAACUAGCAGAAGAGCAAUGGAACGGUGCAAAAUCAGAGAGUUUGAACAAAUUGGCUUUUGAUUGGCAAGGAUUAUGCAGAAUUGAGCUUUUGUACUGGCAAAAUGUGGGUUGUUCCUCAUACAUGUUUGGUUUGUUUCUGUUAAGGAAAGAGUAAAGUAUAAUGUUAGAGAAAGAGAGGUGGAGAGGAAGCAAGAAGUACAAAAAACACGUUAACAGUUAAAGGCUGCAUUCCUGAACAACCUGGCCUAAGGGUAAGGCCCACUAAACACAGUGGGAUUUACUUCUAAGUAAAUAUGCAUAAGGUGGGAACAGUAUGGAAAAUAAAUAUUAUUUUUCUCUGUUGGGCUGGGGAAUACCACCACAGCAAGGAUGUUGUGCAUGGAUGACUCCCAUAAUCCCCAUUCAGUGUGGCCUGUGGCUUUGAUGGCUGAGGAUUCUGGGAGUUGUAGUCCAGACAGUAAAUUUCCCACGUUGUAAUCAUAGCUUGGCUUGGUAAGAAAUUUACAUUUGAAAGAUAUCCUCUUUCAGGCCUUGUUGCCACAUAUUACAACUUUAUUUUAUAUACUGUCCUUUUGUAUAACUUGAAUUGGGUAACUUGACAGCUGUGAGAUGGGCACUGCAAGCAGUUUAGAAAAAAUAUGUUUUUAAUGGCUGCAGCUUCUCUGGAGGUGUAGUUUAAUAAAGGGCUUGGAAGCACUCUGACUAGUAAAACUAGACUUAAUAAAUUUAGUUAAUUGAGUUAAAUUAUAUAUAUUUUUUAAAAAAAUCAGUGUUAGGUCCCUAGGUUGAGAAAGUUAAUAGAUGCCAAGUGGGGAGAGUUAGCUAGUAGCAGAAGUGUGAAGGGCUCAGAGGAAAACUAGAAAAAAACAGGGGAAAUGGAGUAGGAGAAGAGGUGUGUUUUGCUUUUGUGAAGAAAAUAGUAAAACUUUCUUGUUCUCUUUUUUUUUUCCCUGGGAAAAAAAGGGGGGGGGGGGGGCUUUCCCCUCAUUUUUUCCUCCAGGCCUUUACAUCUCUACCUAAUGGUUAGAGGGAACAGAAACUUCAGUGCAAGUGCAAUCAAAUCCCUCUUCAUUGUGGAAAAUCUUUCUCCUCUGGCAAUAGAAUCCAGGCCUGUUUGGGGUUUCAGAAGAAACUGUAGAGUGAUUGCUCAAGAGCUAAGGAUUUUAUAUGUAUAUAGCAAGUGCCAGAUUUCACUUCAACGAAUCGUGAAUGUAGCUUUCCUGGGAACCUCCAGAAGUGUGGGAUUUAGGUCAAAUAAAUAAAAUAACUUUUUAAAGGUAAACGUAGGAAGCUUUCUUAAUGCCAGCUCAGUUCCUUAGGCUUCAAAUGGAGAAGAUUUCCCCCCCAAUCUGCGCUAGGAUUCUUUCUUGAAAUCUGGAACUUGGACAUACAAAAUAGCUUGACCUCUGAACCUGAGGGGUGACAAGUACCAGGAUAAUUGUAAUUAUUGGUUUUUAAACCUCCGUUCUUUAGGGUUUAUCAGCUCAAAUAGACAGGGGGAGCUUAAGAAGGGUGAGGAUGGAGGCAGGGGCAAACUGUGAAAGACUAUGUGUUUUUUUCAGCUACAGAAACUUUGGCUCAGUUACAUUAAACUAUUGGCGUAGGAAGAAUGUGCCAAUGGAUUUGUUUAACCCCCUCAGGCCCCAAGGAAUCACCAGAGAGUGCAUGAUGGACUGCUUGCUGAAUUCUGACUGAG